AUGGAAAAGAAUGAUAAUUUGGAAGUUCAAAAAAUGGAAAUUUCGGCAACCAAAGAAUUCAAAGUUGCAGGUUGGGGUUACCGACACCAGCAAUGUGUCAUAUUAUUUUUAACAUUAACAAUAGCAUAUAGUAUGCGAGCAUGUAUGGGAGUGGCAUUGGUAGCGAUGACAGAUGUAAAGGAAUCUCAAGUAAAUUUGGCUAUAAUAAAUGGAACUAUUACUAACUCAACUGACUCAAACGAUGAAUCUAACCUACUUCAUAGUUUGUUGCUGAUACCACCGUAUCCCCGAUUCAAGUGGCCUAAGAAAACUCAAGACGCAGUAAUAUCCUCAUUUUUCUGGGGUUAUAUGUUGACACAGAUCCCUGCAGGACAAAUUGCUCAUUUCUUUGGUGCGAAAUACAUGUUAUUUGGCGCUUUGCUUAUUAACUGUGUCGUGUCAUUUUGUUUUCCUUGGGCGGCUUUUUAUGGCGGGUGGAUCGUAACAGCAUUAUGCAGGUUUCUUCAAGGGUUGAGCCAAGCAUGUAUCAUGCCUGGUCUUCAUACGUUCUUAGGAAAAUGGGCUCCAUUAGAAGAAAGGGGACGAUUAGCCGGCUUUGCUUUUGGAGGUCAAGCAAUCGGGACGGUUCUAGGACUACCGAUAACUGGAUUCAUAGCAUCAUCCUCCCUGGGCUGGCCUGGUAUCUUUAGGUUUUACGGUCUCGUUUCUGGUAUAGUAGCUGUUUUUUUUUGGUGGCUCGCAGCAGAUUCUCCAGGUAAACAUCCGAAGAUCUCAGUUGAAGAACGCACUUACAUUGAGGAGGCUCUCAGCCAAAAACCAGAAGACAGAAACAAAGUACGUGCUGUGCCAUGGAAAAAUAUUUUAACAUGUCCUGGGAUGUAUGCUAUUAUCAUAGCGCAUAUAGGAAGUGCCUGGGGACAGUUGACAUUAUACUCAGAAGUUCCAGCCUUCAUGGACAAAGUCAUGGGGGUCAACAUAAAAGCGAAUGGGCUUCUCACAGCGCUUCCGUUCCUUUGCAUGUGGUUCGCUAACUUUUUCUUCAGUUGGCUGACGGAUAUGCUCAUCGUAAAGAAGAUAUUAAAUGUCACACAAACAAGAAAAUUAGCUAAUAGCUUAGGAUGUAUUCCAGCAGCUAUUGGGUUAAUUACCCUAGCUUACGUACCGAAGAAUAUAUAUGUUGUCGAGACUCUUUUGAUUUUCAUCUGUUGUUUCAAAAGUGCAGCCGGUUUAGGUUAUCAUGUAAACCACAUUGAUAUUUCAAGUAAUUAUGCCGGCACUAUGAUGAGUCUCAGCAACUUCGGAUCCAACUUGGUAGGCUCUCUAGCCCCUCUCGUAGCAGGCUACAUACUUACGGACGUGACGGAUGAACUAUUAUGGAGGAAAAUCUUUUUUGUAGCAGCUGGCUUCUACUUAGUCACGAAUCUAUUUUAUGUUAUUCUCGGAACUGGAGAGAAGGCAGAUUGGAAUGAUCCUCCUAGCGAGAAUGAUACAGAGAAUCCUCAAGAAACCGAGACCAUGCUUUACUCAAAUGGUAAAGAAAAGAGGAAAUUGAGUUCCUAA